UCCGGAGCUCGCGCCAUGGGCCCGCCUAAUAACGGCCCCAAUAAACCGCCGCCCAUACGAUCACGUGACACAGGACCCGCGGCGGGGCUCAACAGAAACGGCCUGGCACCUCCGCCCCGCGCCUCUGGAAGCCGCGUCCCCUCUAGCACACAGGGUCCCGCCUUCUGGUUCAGCCCCAGGCAGCAACAAGGCUUGUUCCGCCGCUUUCACAGGUGCGGCCCACAGGGACUACUCGUCCCAUCAAGCAUCGCGCAAAUUCCGUGCGGCGCACUGCGGGGAACGGUCGUGCUGCAUGCCGGGAAGUGUAGUUCCUGCCGUGAGGAGUCUACGCAGAUAAGAGGGCGGGGCUCCACGCCGGGCAAGGAGGGGGAGUCAGGGGUCGCCAGUGGAUGCGGCGGCCGCAGUUGCGGUAUUUCCCGGCGUGGAGGAGGCGGGGUCAGGGGAGGAGGCGGCGUUGAGCGCGUCCCUGUGCCGCCUCAUGUGUACCCUGCCCGGGGAGCAGGAAAGGAGCCUCCGGCGGCGGCAACCAUGUCUGAGAAUGGCGCCUCUGCUCCCCCCGUCCCCAACGGCGAGUGCGCCCCGCGGCCGCCCGGCAACAAGGUGACCGUGGUGCUGGGGGCCCAGUGGGGCGACGAGGGCAAGGGCAAGCUGGUGGAUCUGCUGGCGCAGGACGCGGACAUCGUCUGCAGGUGCCAGGGAGGCAACAAUGCUGGGCAUACUGUUGUUGUAGAUUCCGUGGAAUAUGAUUUUCAUCUCUUACCCAGUGGGAUCAUCAAUCCAAAAGUCAUUGCAUUCAUUGGAAAUGGAGUGGUGAUUCACUUGCCAGGACUGUUUGAAGAAGCAGAGAAAAAUGUAAAAAAAGGAAAAGGACUAGAAGGCUGGGAGAAGCGAUUAAUAAUUUCUGACCGAGCUCAUAUUGUAUUUGACUUUCAUCAGGCUGCUGAUGGCAUUCAAGAACAACAAAGACAAGAGCAAGCAGGAAAGAACUUGGGAACGACCAAAAAAGGGAUUGGUCCAGUUUAUUCUUCGAAAGCAGCUCGAAGUGGGCUCAGAAUGUGUGAUCUUGUUUCUGAUUUUGGUGAAUUUUCAGAGAGGUUCAAAGUGUUAGCUAACCAGUACAAAGCUAUAUAUCCAACCUUAGAGAUAGACCUUGAAGGGGAAUUGAAAAAACUCAAGGGCUACAUAGAAAGGAUUAAACCAAUGGUGAGGGAUGGUGUUUAUUUCAUACAUGAGGCUCUACGUGGACCACCAAAGAAAAUCUUAGUAGAAGGUGCAAAUGCAGCAUUACUGGACAUCGAUUUUGGGACAUAUCCUUUUGUGACCUCUUCGAAUUGUACAGUUGGAGGCGUUUGCACAGGUUUGGGCAUGCCACCUCAGAAUGUUGGGGAAGUAUAUGGAGUUGUAAAAGCAUAUACAACUAGAGUUGGAAUUGGUGCCUUUCCUACAGAACAAGAUAAUGAAAUUGGAGAAUUGCUGCAGAAACGAGGUAAGGAGGUUGGCGUAACCACUGGUAGAAAAAGAAGAUGUGGCUGGCUGGAUCUUGUGUUACUCAGAUACGCCCACAUGAUUAAUGGAUUUACUGCAUUGGCUGUUAUGAAAUUGGAUAUCUUGGAUGUAUUUCCAGAAAUCAAAGUUGGAGUUGCUUACGUACUAAAUGGUGAGAUCAUACCUCAUUUUCCUGCAAACCAGGAAGUCUUAAAUAAAGUAGAGGUUAAGUAUGAGACAUUCCCCGGAUGGGACACAGACAUAUCAAAUGCAAGAACAUUUGAUGAACUGCCUGUAAAUGCACAGAACUAUGUUCGGUUUAUAGAAAUGGAGCUUGGCAUUCCUGUUAAAUGGAUUGGAGUAGGGAAAUCCAGAGAGUCAAUGAUCCACAUGUUUUAAAGAUUUCAGAUGCGUGGAAGAAAGCACACUCCUGAAUAAGACUGCUUAGUCUUACAUGUAUUAGUAGCCUACAAAGUGAAGAUGUUGGAAGGAUAGAUCUUGCAUGGAAAGAAAUGCUAGAGUUGGUCUCUCAAACUGAUUGCUACUCCUGAAAGACUUUGACUUCUACCUAUAUCAGCUCUCUAUCCAACUGGCAAUAUCUCCAGGACACUUGCCAUUACUGUUAUACAUGGUGCCACCAGACUUUUCUUUAUCAUCUAGUAUUUACUUCAUAACAUAAUCCUUGAUGUUUGAAAAUGGAAGGUAACAUUAUUUUCCUGACUUUGUCUUGAUUGUCGUAUCCAUGCUUCUGGCGGUGUUACUUCCCUGAAAUCUUAACCAGUAAAAAUAAUGCAGUUUUGCACAAAUGGUUUUACAUCCUCAUUAUUUGUACUCCUAAAUAUGUUGUAUUCUUUAUGGCUGCUGUUGUAGUGAGUGAUUAAAGAGGGAUUCUGAUGAUUUUAUAAUGCUAUAAACAUUGUCUAAACUCCG